AGAUACCGGUCAAGGAAGUCACGUGGUAGCCUGUCCAUGCUGAGCAUCAGCCUGGAGACCAUCCAGGAGGAGAGCGGCGACGCGUCACAGCCCAACAGCCCGUCCCCCCACGGGUCGAGCGGUCAGCAGCCGGAGCCGGCGCACCCUUCUGCGCGCACCUCCUGCUUCACCUUCCACAUCGACACCGACACUUCCGGGGACGUCAGCGUGGGUUCGACCUUUCACCUCGGCCCAGCGCGGGGCGUCAAUGACGUCACAAGCAUAACCGUGAACAAGACGUCGUCGUCUCUUGACUUAAACCCCGCCGUCCAUCUGAACAAUGCGCUGAAUAUAACCACAUCGUCCGUUUCCCAUGACGACAGUUGCCAUAGCAACGCGACGACUCGUUGUGUUCCGGGUGAAAACCUGACUUCCGGGGUGGAUGGCGACAGCACCAUCGUUCUCGUCGAUGACGUCAACAACAACAGCGUCACCACUGACGCGGACAAGAUCACCGAGAACAUCAACGCGUCACGGUUGAUUGAACACAUUGAAAUUAAUGACUGCCUGAGCUGCAAACCUCCGCUCUACCUCGAAGUCACGUAAAACUUUGGUUAAUAAAAACAAUACACGGAGAAACAUUUUACCUAUGUAUAGGGGCCUAAAGAUGACAUUUACAAUUAAGGAAUAAAUAUUGUUAAUAUGUUAAAUUUUACUAUUAAUCACAUAAUAUUGAAGUUAAAUUUGGCAAACAGAAUGUAUAUUUCUGAAGUUAUAUUUAACUAGUACCUACACUGGAUACAAGAAGACUAUAUUGUACAGCCUCUGAUUCUUGACAUAACUUGUUAUAAAUAAAAUGUCCUUACAGCAC